AUGUCAGUGCUACAUUCGCCGAGACAAGAGCAGCAUAACACCCCUGCUGCUACUGAUGCGGUUAUACAAACGGAAAACCUAGCUCAAUCUCUGAAUGAUUCUUCAUCGUUCCACGGAUUUGACGAAUGGGAGAUGCAAAUGGAUGCUGCUAAAACGCAGGAUCACUUCAACGCCUGGAUUGGCACAACUUGGAGUAUAUUAGCCAUUGUACCCGAUGAAGCGAUCGAUGCACAGGAUGAUGAGUAUGCAAACUUUGAGGAGCUGUUCUACAAUGUUUCCAAUGCAGUGGAAGAGUUAUUAUUGGAAUCAAAAACACGGAUUGCCACACAAAUUCCUUCCGCUAUCUUUCAAGACUUAAUAGCUAAUUCGGGGGAUACAGAUGCCAUUAAACUGUAUCAUCUCGACAAGGCGUUGACUGGAGAUGCCGCUGGAAUUUUAGAUGCAAAGAUUCUGAGUGAAGGCAACUAUCAGCAAGCUUGGGAAAUUUUAUCCGAUCGGUACGAGAACAAACGGGUACUAGUGGAAACUCACAUUCGUGGGUUGCUAAAUUUGAAGAAAAUGACAUCGGAGUCCCACAAGGAAUUGCGAGGAAUCAUCACCGAAGCCAAUCGACACGUCGAAAGUUUGCGCUACCAUCAACAAGAAAUCACCGGAGUAUCGGAGCAUAUAAUUGUUUAUCUGCUUAUUUCUGCCUUGAACAAGGCAACUCGUAAUACGUGGGAAGCCACUCAGAAGAAAGGAGAGCUGCCAAAUUACAAACAAGUCAACGAGUUUCUCAAAUCCAGAUGUCAGAUUCUGGAAAACUGUGAAGCGGCUUUCCAAACAGCACCUCCAAUUUUCAAAAACAAGCAGCAACCAACGAAAGUUUUGCCACAGAAAAGCCACACCGUCUCGGCAAGUACACCUCAAACUUGUGAGAUUUGCGGUGGUGAUCAUCGGAACUACCAAUGCAACGCGCUAAUUCACCUGACGGCAUCCCAGAAAAAUGAAAAGAUACGAGCCGCUGGAGUUUGCUUUAACUGCCUGCGAAAAGGGCACCGUUCCAAAGAAUGUCCUUCCAACAAGAAAUGCCAUAAGUGUCAACGACGUCACCAAAAGUUGCUCCAUGAUGAUGGAGUACCCAAUUUGGAGAAACCGUCCAACGUUUCUCUUCCCGCGGAAGCAGUGGCAAGCACACCACUGGUUCCGGCUGCUUCGAAUCAACCAUCCACAUCGAAGCAGAAGAUUCCUGCCAUCAUAGAGCCACCUGUGUCUACGACCUGUUCAUCCAACCUAGCCCAAGCGACCAAGACUGUUCUGCUGCUUACCGCAGUGGUACAUGUAUUUGACCAGGAGAACCAUCCUCAUCCAUGCCGCGUUCUAUUGGAUAGCGGAUCCCAAGUGAACUUUGUGACUGAAGAUAUGGCCAACCGUCUUGGUCUCCCAAAGAAACCCGCCAACGUUCCGAUUGUUGGUACCAACGCACUGCGAUCCCACGCUCGGGAUAAAAUCACCUUGAAGUUCAAAUCCUGA